AUAUAAGGCUCUGUGGCUCAGUAACUGAAAGCAGCUUAAUGACCAUCAAUCAAUGUCUAAAGCAUAUGAGUGCUGCCAAGGCAAAACCUUAUGAUCGUGGCUCAGCAACUGAAGGCAGCUCAAUGACCACUGAUCAAUGGUUUAAACAUAUGCCGAUGGGCAUUGAUAGAU